AUGCGUUGGUAUUUGAUCACUCUAUUUGCUCUUUUUGACAGUCUUCUGUUGCAGACAGGUUUAGCAUACAAUAUUGGUUCAAGAUCUAAGAGGGACGGCACCGAUAGUUCAGGAGAAAACCUAAAAACAUUCCAGCAACAAGCUCUUGUCAGUCACAAUAGUUAUCGAGCAAAACACUGUGCACCGGCACUUGUUCUUGACGAUGGUAUUAGUCAAUCAGCUCAAACUUAUGCUGAAAAGCUUGCCACAAUUGGCCACUUAGUUCACAGCAAUAGCGCUGGCCUUGGUGAAAAUCUUUAUUCAAUGAGUAGCUCGGAAGCUUUAAAAACAUUAAGCGGUAGCCAACCGGUAACAGCCUGGUAUAAUGAAGUCCAAGAUUAUAACUUUGGCUCGCCAGGAUUUUCAUCUGAGACCGGUCAUUUCACUCAAGUUGUAUGGAAAGGUACAACGAAAUUUGGCAUAGGACUCGCGUUCAGUAGCGAUCAACGUACUGCGUAUGUCGUUGCUCAAUAUUCACCACCAGGCAAUUAUCUAAAACAAUUCGCACGCAAUAUCGCAUCAACAGGUUGCUAA